AUGUGAGGUAUUACGUCUCUAUGUGUCACAGGGAGUCUGGGCGAGUCUUGACUGCAGAUAUCGUCGAGUAUGCAACCAGGAUGCGCAUCAAUAUGAAAAGCAACCUUUGCGUUUCUAUAAGAGAUUUAUCAUGACAAGCGAGUGACAACAAAAAAAGGAAACUACACAACUAUAAAUAUCUCAGAGAGCUGACAUCAGAGACGAGUUUGGAUUUCAACCGUGGUCCACGUUGUUCUGGUCUUUAACCUCGGCUCAUUAAGUCUAAGGUCCGUCCUGACGUGCAGCCACCAUGUCGGGGAAGGAGCGCAGCCCCCGCCAUCGGCCGUGGUCGGUGUACCGGGCCAACACGUUUGAUCUCUCAGCUGAGAUGAUGGGGCUGGCUCUGUCAGGCAACAGUCAGGACCCGGAUGAGCCGGUGCUGGAGUUUAGUGUGGCCUGCAGUGAACUGGUCACUCCCGCUCUGGAUCGUAAGCCAACCAGCUUUGUAGCUGUAAGCUGUACUACGCCUCCCCAGGCCUUCUGGACCAAGCAUGCGCAGACUGAAAUCAUAGAGGGAACCAGUAACCCUAUAUUCCUCAGCAGUAUAGCCUUCUUUCAAGACUCUCUGAUCACUCAGCAGACUCAGGUCAAGCUUUCCGUCUACGAUGUGAAGGACCGUUCACAGGGCACGAUGUACAUGCUAGGCUCAGCAAUGUUUCCUGUGAAGGAGCUGCUGCAGGACAAACACCACAGACUGCACCUGACUCUCAGGUCAGCAGAAAAUGAGCGCGUGGGGAACAUCACUGUCAUCGCAUGGCAGAUCGAGGAGAAGCGUGAGCAGAGAGCCCCAGUCGCAAGGUUACAAAGAGGAGACACAGUUAAUGGAAGAAUGGUUCUCCCCGUUGAUGAAAGCCUGACUGAAUCCAUGGGCAUUAAAUCCAAGUCCUCAUCUCUGUGUAAAGACCCUCUGCUGAAGGCCGUGUUCGGAGGCGUUAUGUCACGGACGUACCGCUUCCCGACAACGGAUGGCAACCACCUUCGGAUCCUGGAGCAGAUGGCGGAGAGUGUGCUCUCCCUGCACAUCCCUCGGCAGUUUGUCAAACUGCUGCUGGAGGAAGACGCCGUCAGGGUUUGUGAGCUGGAAGAACUGGGUGAGCUUUCUCCGUGCUGGGAGAACCUCAGGAGGCAGAUCAUCACUCAGUAUCAGACCAUCAUCCUCACCUACCAGGAGACCAUUAGUGAUCUGCAUGAAUACAAGGGUCCUUCAUUCAAGUCUAGUACCUUGAAAGCUGAGAGGAAGUUGGAGUUCAUUCCCACUAACCUGCACAUCCAGAGGAUGAGAGUACAGGGCGAGUCUGGUUAUGACCGGACAUACGAUGUUGUGACUAUUGGUGCUCCGGCGGCACAUCACCAAGGCUUUAAAGGCUGCGGCCUCCGAAAACUUGUGCACAAGCUUGAAGAAGCCAGGAAGCAGACUUAUGGGGAGGAUAGUUCUCCUGGAUCUGGCUCCAAAGCGAUGGCGUACCUGCCUCAGGAUGUGACAAAAGCAAAGGAUCUGAUUGGUCAGAUUAACACUCUGAAGACACAGGUGUGUUACUACACAGAACGUCUGUCCCGAGCCGCCAAGGAGCGUUCAGCCAACGCUCUGGAGAGGACUCUGGCCAUCCUGACCGAGAAGACUCGGCAGCUGGUGACAGUGUGCGACUCUAAGCUGCUGUCGUCAGCCAUCGUGGCACUGGCAGCCGCCCGUCCAGAGUUCUCUCAACGAAGCACCCCGUCACCCUCCUCUUCUUCUCUAUCUCCUUCCUCUCGCUCGCCCUCCCGCUCGCCCUCUCGCCACCCCACCUCCCCGUCCCGCACUGCCACCUCGCCUUCUCGCCAUGCGCUUCCUCCAGAGGGCAUCGAAGGGAGUAAAAGCAAGCGUAUGUCCAUGCAGGCGGACUUGCACGAGGAGGAGUGGGAGAAGGUUUGGCUAAAUGUUGACAAGAGUUUGGAGUGUGUGAUCCAGAGGGUGGACAGGCUGCUGCAGAGAGACAAACUGGAGAGUGAUAGCAGCUCUGAAGAUGUUUUCCUGCUCGCCAACGAGGAGACAAGUAGCACUAAGAAAGAUAGCAGCCCAGAGGUAGAGAAGACUUCACCAGGUGAAUGGAGUGACAUUCUCUAUCCUCUCCUAACCACAUUGACCGACUGUGUGUCUCUAAUGAGCGACAAAGCAAAGAAGGCCAUGGUGUUUCUGCUGAUGCAAGACAGCGCCCCGACCAUCGCCAUGAGCCUCACCAUGCAGUACCGCCGCGACGUCGUCUUCUGCCAGACGCUAACAGCUCUGAUCUGCGGCUUCGUUCUCAAGCUGAGGAACAGUCUUUGUGACUCAGGUUUCCUCAGGCAGCUUCACACCAUCGGCUUAUUGGUGCAGUAUGAAGGCCUGCUCAGCACCUAUGGGGAGGAGCUCGCUAUGUUGGAGGAUAUGAGCGUCGGAGUGAUGGACCUGAGAAAUGUCACCUUUAAAGUCACCCAAGCGACUUCAGCCUUCAGCCCAGACAUGCUGCCGGUGAUCACAGGAAACAGGAACGGCUUUAACGUCAGGGUCCCUAUGCCAGGAGCCAUGUUUGACACGCUGCCGAGGGAGAUCCAGAACGGGAUGCUGCUGCGUGUUCAGCCCGUCCUGUUCAACGUGGGGAUCAACGAACAGCAGACCCUGGCUGAGAAGUUUGGAGACACUUCACUACAGGAGGUGAUCAACAUGGAGAGCAUGACUCGCCUCACCUCCUACUACGACCAGUUCAAAGAGGUUCUGCCAGAGGAUUGCCUCCCUCGCUCCCGCAGCACCACCGGUCUGCCCGAUCUGCUCAAAAUGCUGAGCCAGAAUGUCAAUGCCAAGAAAAGCAAAAAUGUGGAGAUUUUGUGGCAGGCGGCCGAGGCAUGCCGGCGCCUGAAUGGAGUCCGUUUCACCAGCUGUAAGAGCGCCAAGGACCGCACCGCCAUGUCUCUGACACUGGAGCAGUGUCAGGUCCUGCAGCAGGAGCACGGCCUCGCCCCGCAGGUCUUCUACCAGGCCUUGGACUGUAUGCGCAGUGAGGGCUGCAGGAGAGAAAACACCAUGAAGAAUGUGGGAUGCCGUAAAUACGCCUUUAACUCUCUCCAGCUCAAAGCCUUCCCUAAACAGUACCGGCCUCCAGAGGGGACAUAUGGGAAAGUCGAGACCUAAGUGGACUUCUGUACCUGGAGGAAACCAAAAAAAAGGACUAAAGAGAGGAUAAUGAUGAUAGCAUCACAUAGACAAACAUACCAACACAAACUGGAACAGCCCUUUGUUUUGUGCUUAGUCACUUUAAGAUGAUUACUGUCUAAGUGCCAGAGUAGAUUGUUUCAUAGCAGUUUCCUCUGUCUUAAAUAGUAGUACUAGAAUCACUCACUUUUCACUUCACGGCAGAAAUCAGUGACAGUGUGUUUCAUCAUUGCCAGGAGUAAACAACAGUGUUGGCAGCUGUGAACAGCAUCAGGGGGCAUAAGGCCAACCUUAAACGGAGUCAGUUUAACUAGAGUCACUGAAGAAAAUGUGAAAAUGUGUCCAAAGGUGACACAGCUCACAUAUCUGUACCUGUUGUAUCUGCUGUAAUUUAGUCUGGUCGUCAGCCAAAGGAUGAAACUGGUCAUAUUCUGCAUUUUUCUACCUGUCAGAAAACUCCAAAACCAGCAUUGAAUGCGUUCCUCAGCCACUGAAAGUCAACCCCAGCAAAUUCACUGUUUAUCCCUGUUUGAGUAACGUUUUCCACAACUAUAUAAAUUUCCAGUAAAUUAAAUAAAGUAAAUUUACUGAAUUACAAUUAUUUUUUAAGUUAGAAAAUAUUGAGAUAGGCUGACAUAUCAUCAAUUUUGGACUUUAAAUUCUUAUGAUUUAAAUUCUUAUUAUUCUAUUAUGAGAAGAACAAUGUAGAAUAAUAGCAGAAUCAGCCUUUAGGACAGUACGACACAGUCAACAAUGUGCAGUCAGUCAUUUUCAACCCAGAAUAUAAAUGUUUGUUGUAUUUGCAUUUAUAUAAUUGAUUAGUUCUCCCAGAAAGGACACAUUUCAACUCACUGGGAAAUCCUCAUAGCCAUGUCCUCAGUGUGCAGGUGUGUAAUUUUGCCAUUGGUAAUAACAUUAGUUCAUGUUUUUAGCCAUUUGGAGCUACACCUGCCUAAUGUAGCUUUAAAUCUGUCUGUAAAGGCGACACAUCAGACGAUUAUCCUUAUUAAACCUAAUGUCUUUGCCUGUUGAGACAUUUUCUGGACCUAAACUGCAGGACACUGGUGAAGACGAAGCACUUAUUUGGUUUGUUUUAGCACAUUUAGCUUGUUGUCUGUUUCCUCCACUGUCUCUGUUUCUUUCAUCUUCCUUCUAUCCUAUAAAUACUCAACAUUAUAACAAUUCCUACAAGCACAGGUCAAAAAGAAGAACAAAUCUGACACUCUGCUCUGGCAUUUGUAUUGUGUCAGUGUCAUAUCUAAUGUCAUAUCUGAGCUUUGUCUGAUGCUUUGUUGGGAGAAUCAAUGCACAAGUGGUUUGCAGACUGUUUUUACAGGGCUUUGGAAGUAGUCUAUCACAUUAUUCUACAAAUCCAACAUAUAUGUAUUGUUAUUCAAGACAUUUCUACAGAAUAAUACGUAGCACUAUAACAAAGCCCACCAGACAUGUUUUUUUUUAUUAUUAUUAUUAUUUUAAAGGUAUGAUCUCAGUUUUAUAGCCUAAUUAUGCACAAAUUUGACUGCAGUUGGAUGAAGACAUUAUUUUAACUUGCAUGAUGAUUGAAUAACCCUAUUGCUUUAUACUUCUGCAGCUGUAAACUGUUGCAAUUAAGAGCAUCCAUGUGCACUUGAUAAAUGUCUUACUAAAGAGAAAUAAUGCAUAUUGCAUUAUUGUACCUUCCAUUAGUAACACUUCUUCUGUUUUCAGUUUACCAGCUCCAGGUCUGAUAUAGGCCUGUCUUAUUGUAUAUUACCAGCAGAGACAGUGGAUUUUAUUUUGAAAAUGUACACAGUGUUAUUUUGCAUAGGUAUUUAUGUUGAUAUGAGUUUAGUCUAUUGUUACUGGGUGAAAUAUAAGCUUGUUCUGAUCAGUUGUAUAUGCACACAGAUUCAGCAGGGACAUUCAUGAAGCUGAACCCCACAAAGAUAUGAACAAAAAACUGGAUCAAUAAAGGCUUUUUGAAGACCAAGGA